AUGAGGCUGUGCGUACGGCUUCUGGCAUGGAUUUCACUGGUCGGUUGCAUAGUUAUCGAUAGCGACUACAAUGUGGCCAUGGACGACGAAGUGACACCAUCGCCGACGUCGUCAGCGAAACGAAAAGAACGCAAUUGCACCAGAGAUACGGCUAUCAUCGACAAACUGCUGAAUGGCACUGGAUACAACAAGUUUCGGAUACCAAAAGACGACGGAGUGCGAGUUAGCGUGCAGUUCUGGGUCCAAGCCAUCACAUCCAUCAACGAAAUCACCAACGAUUUCGAGAUGGAUAUCUACAUCAAUGAAAUGUGGAUGGAUCCAGCACUGAAUUUUGCAAACUUAAAUCCAUGCAAGCACAAUCUAUCGUUGAGUCAUCAGGUACUCGACAGAUUAUGGACGCCUAAUAGUUGUUUCGUCAAUAGCAAAUUUGCUGAAAUACACGAUUCUCCAUUCAAGAAUGUCUUUCUCAUGCUCUAUCCAAAUGGUACCGUUUGGGUAAAUUAUCGGGUAAAUGUCAAGGGACCGUGUGCUAUGUCGCUAGAGCUUUUUCCGCUUGAUAUUCAAGAGUGUUUCCUCAUCUACGAAAGCUUUAAUUACAACAAUCAAGAAGUGCAGAUGCGAUGGUCAAAUAAUCCCGAUGCUGUGAUCGUGAUGACACCAAUAAUGUUGCCAGAUUUCGAUCUCAUCAAGAUUUCGCCGACCCUCGUUAAUGCUCCCUAUCCUGCCGGAUGGUGGGACGAACUGCACGUCCGGCUAACGUUCGAACGUCGUUAUAUUUGGUAUUUUAUGCAGGCUUACCUACCCACAUACCUCACAAUAUUCAUAAGUUGGAUAUCUUUCUGUCUUGGACCACGAUCGCUUCCAGCACGCACCAUGCUUGGUGUAAAUGCUCUGCUUGCUAUGAUAUUCCAAUUCGGAAACAUUAUGAGGAACCUUCCGAGGGUAUCCUACAUCAAGGCGAUAGACGUGUGGAUGCUGAUGUCAAUGACAUUCGUCUUCUGUAGUUUACUGGAAUUGGCCAUCGUAGGGUAUAAAGUAAAGAAUGAGGAUUUGCUGAAAAAGCGUGGAUCAGUGUGUACCAAGAAGCCGCCGAUCAACAACCAUGUGAACCAUCUGGAAACCUCACCGACAAGAUUAUGUCGGUACGAUCAACGUCUCAUCUUGCCUAUGGAGCGACGAGGUUUUCUGUACAGCAUCAUGGCUCGUAUCCAGCAUAUACGACACCUACCUCCGGAGAAAAUUGACCACGCAUCUUCGUUUAUUUUUCCAGCAUGUUUUGCACUGUUUAAUAUCAUCUAUUGGUCUUUCUACUAUAACAAGAAGCUACGACAUAUGGCUCAAUUGAAAUUAUGAACUUUUCCUUGCCAAUUGCUCUGUUUUGAUUGCCUGUUAUCAUUUACUCAUUCACUCUGCAUAUAUCAUGAUCUCGCUGUGUUAUCGAACAUCUCGAUGAGUGCCUCAUCAUUCUGUGUUCCAUACAAAGUUUCCUCACACAUCGUGUUUUUU